GAUGGAGACAGAGAGAGGAGGGUGAGCUGGAAAAGGAAAAGAAAAAGAAAGGAGAGAGAACAGACAGCCAGAGCGGCACAGAGACAGACAGAGGAAGAGCAGGGACAGAGACGACACACUCCAUCCGGCAACCAUGACAACCGAGACACGCGCAUGUCAAUCCUCAUGACUGCAGUACACACUGGGACACUGAAAACCAGGAAUGAUUUGGAUGAUUUUGCUCUUUUGUUCAGGAUUGGUUUGUUUUUAUUCACCUGGGGUUAAAUCCAGCUCUCUCCAGCUGAUCAUCAGAACCCCGAUCAAAGGCAACAGCUGGGAACCACACGCCGGAGUCUCAUCCACUGUGACCCAUCAAUGGACUCCCUGAGGUGGGCUUAACACACCGCUCAAUGAUCCUCCACCGGAUCCAACGAGCUGCCGGCAGCCUUGGAGACACAAUUCUCUUGAAAAUCGUCUGUAAGACAGAAGAGACGAAACAUGUAAGCCAGAAGACACAGGAGUCCACAUGAACCCGAUGGCGCAGCUAUACUACAACAAAGCCAGUGACUCCCCGUACCGCGAUCGCAUCCCGCUGCAGGUCGUGAGGGCGGAGGUUGAGCUGUCUGCCAAGGAACGAGCCUACCUGACGGCGGUGGAGAAGGGAGACUAUGCUGGAGUUAAACAGGCCCUUGAGGAGGCUGACAUCUAUUACAACAUCAACGUGAACUGCCUGGACCCGCUGGGCCGCAGCUCACUCCUCAUCGCUAUUGAGAAUGAGAACUUAGAGGUGAUGGAGCUACUGUUAAGUCAUGGCGUGCACAUGGGUGAUGCACUCCUCUAUGCCAUCCGCAAGGAGGUGGUGGGAGCGGUGGAGUUACUGUUAUCCUACAAGAAGCCAAGUGGCGAGAAACAGGUUCCUUCUCACAUGAUGGACACGCAGUUUUCAGAGUUUACACCCGAUAUCACACCAAUCAUGUUGGCUGCCCACACUAACAACUACGAGAUAAUCAAGCUGCUAGUUCAACGUAAAGUCACCAUCCCACGGCCACACCAGAUCCGCUGUGACUGCGUAGAGUGUGUAUCGAGCUCCGAAGUGGACAGCCUGCGGCAUUCCCGUUCACGUCUAAACAUCUACAAAACACUUGCCAGCCCCUCUCUCAUCGCCCUUUCCAGCGAAGAUCCCAUCCUCACAGCGUUCAGGCUGGGCUGGGAGCUGAAGGAGCUCAGUAAGGUGGAGAACGAGUUCCGGCAGGAGUACGAGGAGCUGUCGCAGCAGUGCAAACUUUUUGCUAAAGACCUGCUGGAUCAGGCCCGUAGCUCCUGUGAGCUGGAGACCAUCCUCAACCAUCGGGAUGACCACAGCGAGGAGCUGGACCCCCGUCAGUGCAGAGACCUGGCCAAGCUCAAGCUAGCCAUCAAGUACCACCAGAAAGAGUUUGUAGCUCAGCCCAACUGCCAGCAGCUCCUGGCGACUCUGUGGUACGAUGGGUUCCCAGGUUGGAGACGACGUCACUGGGCAGUGAAGCUUGUCACUUGCUUCAUCAUUGGCCUGCUCUUCCCUGUCUUCUCCCUUAUAUACCUUCUGGCUCCAAAGAGCACCCUGGGAACCUUCAUCAAGAAACCUUUCAUCAAGUUCAUCUGCCACACUGCCUCCUACCUGACCUUCCUCUUCCUCCUCCUCCUCACCUCACAGCACAUCGUGCAAACUGACCUGCAUGUCCAGGGACCUCCACCCACCAUCGUGGAGUGGAUGAUCUUACCCUGGGUUCUAGGCUUCAUCUGGGCGGAGAUUAAAGAGAUGUGGGAUGGCGGUUUCACAGAGUACGUCCAUGACUGGUGGAACCUUAUGGAUUUUGCGAUGAACUCCCUCUACCUGGCCACUAUAUCUCUUAAAAUUGUGGCCUACUUUAAGUACAACAGCUCUCGUCCUCGUGUGGAGUGGGAGAUGUGGCACCCUACGCUCAUCGCAGAGGCUCUCUUCGCCAUCGCCAACAUCUUCAGCUCGCUGCGUCUCAUCUCUCUGUUCACCGCCAACUCUCACUUGGGCCCACUGCAGAUCUCUCUCGGCCGCAUGCUGCUGGACAUCCUCAAGUUCCUUUUCAUCUACUGUCUGGUGCUGCUGGCCUUCGCUAACGGCCUCAACCAGCUCUACUUCUACUAUGAGACGAAGGCGUCCGAAGAGCCCAACCACUGCAAAGGGAUCCGUUGUGAGAAACAGAACAAUGCCUUCUCUACGCUAUUUGAAACCCUCCAGUCUCUCUUCUGGUCUGUGUUUGGGCUGCUGAAUCUGUACGUUACCAAUGUGAAGGCUCGUCAUGAGUUUACGGAGUUUGUGGGGGCCACCAUGUUCGGCACUUAUAAUGUCAUCUCACUGGUGGUGCUGCUGAACAUGCUCAUCGCUAUGAUGAACAACUCUUACCAACUCAUUGCUGAUCACGCCGACAUUGAGUGGAAAUUUGCUCGUACCAAGCUGUGGAUGAGCUACUUUGAUGAGGGGGGGACGUUACCACCACCCUUCAACAUCAUACCCAGUCCAAAGUCUGUGUGGUACCUGUGUGUGUGGCUGCACUGCCUUCUGUGUGGACACGGAGAGCCUAGGCAUAAGGAGUGUAGACACGAAAACCUCAAAGAGUUCACGGAAAGGCAUGCCGAUAACCUAAUUCAGAACCAGCAUUACCAGGAGGUGAUCAGAAACUUAGUAAAGCGAUAUGUUGCAGCCAUGAUCCGCAGCGCCAAAACAGACGAAGGGCUGACAGAGGAGAACUUCAAGGAACUUAAGCAGGACAUCUCCAGCUUCCGCUAUGAGGUUCUUGACCUGCUGGGCAACCGUAAACCACCGCGCCGCACAUACUCUUCUAGUAGCGAGGCCACUCAGCAGGACGAAACACCUGAGUCUGAGGAAGAGGAGGACGGGGAGGGCGAUAGGCUCAGAGGACCUGGAUAUGGGGAUGGGGAAGAGUCAUCUAGAUCUAAAGCAUCUACAUCCUUCUCCCAAUGUUACAGGAGAAACAGAGAGUCCCAGUUCAGCGUAUCAGCUCUCUUCAAGUCCAUGUCGGGACCGGUCAGAGGCAGACCGGAAAGCAAUGGCUUGAGAAACAACAUAUCCCACUCGGCUGCAUUUGUGCACAGCAGCCGCCUGCAGCGCUUUUCGUGUUCCAAGAAAAACUCUUUGAAACGCUUGGAAAUGCUAAUGUCUCGUAUGAACGGACACAUCCCUGACCAACAGGCAGAGACCAAGGGAGAUCAACAGUCUGCAUACAGCAUCUCAAACAGCGUACCACAAACGUCUUGGAAAGGUCCCCAGGUGUUGUUGAAGGUAACACAGAGCGAGAUGCACCUGCACACACUGGGACUGGGACCACCAGAGACUGAACAGAACCCAAUGCAGGCCACAUCUCAACGGGCAAACGGCAGGGACAGUCUCCUCCUCCAGUCGCCCAGGCACUCGCUGCACUCUGCUUCCAGUCUGACCGCCUCCAGUGUCCAGCUCCUGGCCUCCAGUGAUUAUCUGUGCCACGACUGGGUCGGACCCGGUGACAGUUUGGGCUCCUCAAGCUGGGAACAAGAGGAGUCGGUUACGACAAAGCUGUAGAUGCGAAGUCAGUUCAUUAAAGUUUCACAGCUUAAGGCAGGGGUCUCCAAAACUGCCCCUGGAGAGCUACCAUCCUACAGAUUUCAGCUCUAACCCCAAUCAAACACACGUGAACUAGCUAAACAAAGUGUUCAGAGUUACUUGAUAAUUACAGGCAGGUGUGUUGGAACUGACUCCAGGAGCAGGGUUGGAGAUCCCUGGCUUAAGACUAGUUCAAAGCUUCAACAGCAGUGAAGGGCAUAUUACUCUUAUACUUCAGCAUCUUUCUGCUUUGCACACAUUGGGCUUUAUUCACAAAACCAGAGCAGCACGAAUUGUGUAAAAACAUUCGUAAAACAUCAACGCAAGUGUCUGGUCGACCAUUUAUGUAACGCCUAAGCAAAAGAUUUGGAAAAUUUGUUCCUUGAUUGAGGCCACUUGGAAUUUACAUUCAAAGGUGAAGCAUGUAAUUUAUUUGCGAAGAAAACAAACAAACAAAAAAAUAUAUAUAGAAAAUGCUCAACACUCCCCUUUCUGCCAUUGAUUGGAUCCUACAAAUUAAAGCAAAAUCGCAGACUGCAUCUGAAAUAACAUACUUUUCCUUCCUAUAUAGUAGACAAAAGGCUCUGAAGUAUGUAUCCAAUGGACACUUUACUAUCCCAUGAGGGCACGGGAGAGCAGUGAAGCAACGUAACUGAUGGAAAGGUUACAUGAACGUAAACUCAUUCAUACUACAUAGAAUGUACUUUUUGAAUGUUUAAAAAGUAAUUACAUAUUCAAAAGUGUCAACUUGGAGAGUAUGCUAUUUUAGAGGCAGCCAUGAUCUACAGUAUGCAUAGAUGUAGUAUUAAUACAAUUCGUACAUACUACAUUUACCAUGUUGGCAUUGUCAUGUGACCUACAACAUCAGUCAUUUCGCUUCCCCACCAUUGACGAAUACUCUCACAUGGCUUUAUGGGGUAGUAAAACGUCUCAGCUAUCUUUUUUUUUUUUUUUUUACAUACUGUUUUAUGAAUUCUGCGAAUUUGGUUAGUGAUAAUUUGACGUACUAUGUUUUGCAUACUAUUAGCAGGGAAGUAAGCAUGUCCCGAUGAGGGGACUGUGUUACACUUUUCAGGUAAUCAACCUAUGAAUGUCGUAAGCCAAAUUUUCAUUACAGGGAAUAUUCAGAUAAAUAAAACGUCUGGUGAACAUUUAUCCUCACCAUGGCGGAAAAUGAAUAAUCAAAUAUAAACAAUAGCUAGAUAUGCAUAUAGGGCAAAUGACUACCAAUUCUUUUGGAACAGACAAAACAAGUAAAACAUUUUAAUUAAUAAUUGUGUUCCUACUAUUAAAUAAUUGCAUUUUACAACUAUUAAGUGUGUAAGAGUUACACUGUACACUGAUUUAAUUAAAUUCAGGUUAGCAUGUUACAUGCGGUCUAAUAUCUCAAGUUCAAAAUUAAUACAUCCAAAGCUUGAAUUGGAUCUCAAAAAUAACACAUCCACAUAUGAUCCCAUAAGCCUAUGUGUCUCUAAAUAGGAAACAAAUGAAUUCCAGUCUAUCAGACAUCAUUUAUUAUGUGCAUUGCAAAGGUGGCUUUACUCAGUUGACUCUUUACUCAGAGACACUUCACCUUUAAAUGUAAACUUAAUAUUGGCUCUGUUCGCACCUACUGUGGCUAUAUCAGAAUUUUUGGUUCAUUUUAUUUGAAUUCCAUUCAAAAUGAUGUCGGAAAACGACAUUUAAUAAAAAUCCCAAAGCAAGAAAAACUUUAUACACUUCUGAGCUCUUCAAAUUAUACCUCAGAAUGCACCCUUGUAGCAACUCUCUCAUACAAAUCUAAAGUAAAAUCCUGAGUUUAUUAUGUACGGCUUUAAGUUAGCAAUUUAAACAAGAGACAUUUACUCUGUAUAACUCUGCACCGCAUACUCAGUUCUGGUGCUGUAACACUUUUAAUCAUUAAUGCUAGUGCAAUAUUUUUUGAAAACGAGCUCAUACUGCAGAUUUGAAGAUCAUGUGUAUGUACUAUAGAAAGUCCUUUUCAGAAAUCAGAAGUGGAAGUAGAGCCAAUAUAUGAAAUAUGAUAUCUGAAACAAUGCAAGUUAUUUAGUGAUCUUUAAGUGACAUUAUUUUAUUAGAAGAUACAGGUAACAUGAUGUGGACCUUAAUAUAUAUGCAUCUUUGUAAUAAACUUAUCUCUGCACUGAACAUAAAUGUUUUUAAAGGUCACCAAAUGGUUUCAAAUUAAGCUUAAAAUAUGCUACAAAAAUUGUGCAUCUAUGUGACUGGUAAUAGCUUUUCAUUUGUUUUUCCAAAAAUGUUUUAUAGCUAAUGGUAUUAGUGACUAAAACACAAUGCAUGAUCAAAUAUUUAGAGUUUGUGAAAGCUCAAUACCAGGAGCUACUGUAGAGUUAGUUUCUAGUUUAGACUAUGAACCCAUCACAAAUAAUAUAUCAAAUUCAUUUUACAAUUUCUGUUGUGGGUUAGUAACCUCUCACUUGUGUUGCUUUAUGAUGGUUAUAAUGCUGUCAGUUAUCGACAGUAAAUUUUCUAAAUUUAUUUUUCUAUUCUUUUUUGACAUAUGGGGUACAUUAUUGUUAAAUUUCAUGUAGACAUAAUGGGUGAGGAUUUUUAUACCUUGAGUUAAAAUAGAUGCUUUAGUGGUUUUAUAUUUCAUUUUUAGUUUGUGGUCACAUGAACUUAAUAAAAAUCACAUCUGGGUUAACAUUGCUAAUGAUGGAAACCUUUGCUGUUCUUUAAAGUCUAAAUUUUCCUUGUGUUAUUGUGCAUGUUAUUGAAAGUUAAUAAUAUAAUAUUUCUUUUUAAAUGUAAUUUCUUGCUUUUUCUCUCAAAUGACUCUGCAUUUCAGUUGAUGUCACAGUG